ACAUGCGCAGAAUGAGUGGCCUUUUCCAGUUUGGCGGAAUCGGCCUGCCCCAGAAAAUCGCCUGAGUCCCGGGCGGUUGAGGGUGAAGACGCUUGAAAAUGGGAUUUGUUAAAGUUGUGAAAAGCAAGGCGUACUUCAAGCGAUAUCAAGUGAAGUUCAGGAGGAGGAGAGAGGGAAAGACUGAUUACUAUGCACGAAAACGCUUGGUGGUACAGGAUAAAAACAAGUACAAUACCCCAAAAUAUCGGAUGAUUGUACGAUUCACCAACCGGGACAUCAUAUGCCAGAUUGCGUAUGCCAAAAUUGAGGGUGAUAUCAUUGUUUGUGCUGCCUAUGGCCAUGAAUUACCCAAAUACGGCAUAAAAGUUGGGCUCACCAACUAUGCUGCAUCCUAUUGCACUGGUCUGCUGCUUGCCCGCAGGCUGCUGACCAAAUUUGGGUUGGACAAGAUCUAUGAGGGUCAGGUGCAAGUGACUGGUGAUGAAUACAAUGUAGAAAGCAUUGAUGGAAAGCCUAGUGCUUUCACCUGCUAUCUUGAUGCUGGCCUUGCCAGAACCACCACAGGCAACAAAGUCUUUGGAGCUUUGAAAGGUGCAGUUGAUGGUGGCCUGUCUAUUCCACAUAGCACCAAGCGAUUUCCUGGUUAUGACUCUGAAAGCAAGGAAUUCAAUCCUGAAGUUCAUCGUAAACACAUCUUUGGGUUGAAUAUAGCAGAAUACAUGCGCUACCUAAUGGAUGAGGAUGAGGAUGCCUAUAAGAAACAAUUUUCUCAGUAUACCAAGCAUGGAGUCACAGCAGACAAGAUAGAAGAAUUGUACAAGAAAGCUCAUGCUGCUAUCAGACAAAAUCCUGUUCAUGAGAAGAAGCCAAAGAGAGAAGUCAAGAAAAAGAGGUGGAAUCGUCCUAAGAUGUCCUUGGCACAGAGAAAGGAUCGUGUUGCUCAAAAGAAGGCCAGCUUCCUCAGGGCACAGGAACAGAAUGGUGAUAGUUGAACAGCUGCCUUUAGCCAUUGUUCAGCAAAGUGCUAAAUCUUAUAAUUCAUAUAAACUGUCAAAUAAAUUUAAAGAAAAACUG